GGCCGGAGAAGGUUGGGCCCGCUGGGGCGGGGAGGGAGGGGCCCGGAGCCGCAGAGCUUUAGGCUUCGCCCCGGCCCCAGCUUCUCGCCAGCUCCGCGGGUCCCGGCCCAGAUGUGGAAGACUGAGGACUGUUGCAAGUACAGAGUUCAGCCCUUGUAACCCUCUGCCCCCAAGAGCUCCAUGCAGGUGCCACAGGAUGGAGAAGACUUCGCCAGCCAGCCCUGGUACCACGGCCCCCUGUCCCGUCAGAAGGCUGAGGCCCUCCUUCGGCAAGAUGGAGACUUCUUGGUUCGUGCCUCCGGGUCCCGCGGGGGCCACCCAGUGAUCUCCUGCCGCUGGCAGGGCUCAGCCCUGCACUUUGAGGUGCUCCGUGUGGCCCUGCGUCCCCGACCAGGCCGACCCACAGCGCUCUUUCAGCUGGAGGAUGAGCGUUUCCCAAGCCUGACCUCCCUGGUUCUCAGCUAUGCGACCGGGCAACGUCCGCUCUCCCAGGCCACCGGGGCUGUGGCCUCCAGACCCGUGAUACGGCAAGGACCUAUUCGACGCAGCUUUAGUGAGGACACCCUCCGAGGCAGCCCAGCUCUGACAGAGUUGCCCAGGACUAGAAAGUGGAGUGACAGUCAGCCUGCAGGGCUGGAGCACAUGGGGCGGUCAAGAGAAGAUCACUGUGGACCAGAAGCCUCAGCCAUGCCCAUGUGUGCCCUCCCUCGGAUGGGUAGUGACCCCGUGUUGCUAAAGACCCCAGCUCCCCUGGGGUCCGUUGCUGACAGCCUCCGGGCCUCCGAUGGGCAGCUUCAUGCCAAGGCACCAACCAAGCCGCCUCGAACACCCUCGCUGGUGCUGCGUGAUGCGUCUGGACGCCCCCCAACGUACUGUGAGCUGGUGCCCCGAGUGCCCAGUGCCCAAGGAACACCCCCUGGCCACAGCAGCCCGGAGACAGAGGCCCCAUGGUGGGAAGCUGAAGAGGAAGAGGAGGAAGAGAGUAGAAGUUUUGCAAGACCACAGGCUGAGGUCUCUUUCUGCCCCCCUAACAACCCCUCCUGCCUGCUGGGCCCCCAGAAUCGGCCCCUGGAACCCAGAGUCCUGAGUACUCUCCGUGGCCUGUUCCUGGAGCACCAUCCUGGGAGCACUGCCCUCCACCUAUUAUUGGUGGACUGUCAGUUGACAUCCCCACUAACUCCCGCUGCCCAGGCUACAGGACUUCUAGGAGUGACCAAGGCUCAGCGGGGUGCCAUGGGGGUUGCCUCUGGCCUGGAGCUGCUCACGCUUCCCCAUGGGCAUCGCUUGAGGUUGGAACUUCUGGAGAGACAUGAGGCGCUGGCGCUGGCUGGGGCUCUGGCUGUGCUGGGCUGCGCAGGCCCGCUGGAGGAGCGCGCGGCCACCCUUCGGGGCCUCGUGGAGUUGGCACUGGCUCUGGGGCCAGGGGCGGCGGGGGACCUGCCUGGACUGGCCGCGGUCAUGGGCGCCCUGCUCAUGCCCCAGGUGUCCCGGUUGGAACGCACGUGGCGCCAGCUCCGAAGGAGCCACACAGAGGCCGCGCUGGCCUUCGAGCAGGAGCUGAAGCCUCUGAUGCGGGCGCUGGAUGAGGGCGCCGGACACUGCGACCCCGGCGAGGUGGCGCUGCCGCACGUGGUGCCCGCGGUGCGCCUGCUGGAGGGCGAGGAACUCCCGGGGCCGCUAGACGAAAGCUGCGAGCGGCUGCUGCGUACUCUGCACCGGGCGCGUCAGAUGGCUCAGGACGCGCCCAAGUUCCGCGAAGCGGCGGCCCGGCGCCUGCGAGGAUUCCGUCCGAACCCGCAGCUGAGGGAGGCCCUGACCACAGGCUUCGUGCAAAGGCUGCUCUGGGGAAGCCGAGGCGUGGGGGCACCGCAAGCUGCACGUCUUGAGAAGUUCCAGCGCGUCCUCAAUGUCCUUUCACAGCGCCUGGAGCCGGAUGGUUGAAAGCACAGACCCCCUUCUUCGCACGGGGACACCCAUGCAGUUGCCCCACGCUGCUCACGCAGCCAAUCGCAGUGGAAACCCAUUCUGCCUCACAGAAAGUGGGGGCCAGAUUUGCAAGAACCCAUCCUGCUCCCUAAAAGUGUACAUGAAUCCUAGCGUGAGGGACGGCCUCCUCCCCCCCCCCCCCCAACUAGAAGACCCAGGUGUCUGGAGGCUCUGGACCCCCUAUCCCAGCCCCCACCUCCCCACACGUAACCUACAAAUGGUGAACAUGAGGCUUCUGAUAGGAGGGGAACUUGCAGAGCUCUUAGUCGGAAGCCAGAGUUCAAAUGCUUUUUAAAAGCUGUGUGACUUCUAGCAAAUGGCUCAGCCUCUCUGUGCCCGCCUUCAACGUAAAAGUGAGGCCGUGUACUUUCUGGGGGUUGUCAUGGUGAUUAAAGCUCGGGAGUUUAGGGAUCACGGGUGGAGAACGCCUGGCACGCGGUGGGUGUUCAACACUGCCUUUUCUCAGUAAAGCUGCCACGAGCAAACAC